AUGUCGAAGCGUACCGCAGACGCCGAGAAUGGCGACGUGCCCAUGAAGGGCGGCGUGCGGCCCGAGCCCAUGGACGUUGACAACGAGAUGGGCGAGUUCGAGGACGAAUUCGAGGACGAGUUUGAGAGCGAGGACGAGAUCUUCGAGGCCGGCGUUGAUGGCAGACCCGACGCCGAGCGCGAAGCCGAGGAGCGUGCAGCGGGCGCCAUGGAUGUGGACAACAACGGCAACGGCACCUUCAUCGUGGGCCGCAACAAGCUAGAGGCCGGCCAGCACCUAGCCCCCGACCUGGGGACCUACGAGCUGCUCCACAACCUGAGCACCCCGUGGCCAUGCCUCUCCUUCGACGUCAUCCGGGACGGCCUGGGCGACAAGCGUGAAAAGGUCUAUCCCGCCACCAUGUACACCGUUGCCGGCACCCAAGCCGAAGGCAAGCGGGAGAAGGAGAACCAGUUGAUGGUCAUGAAAUUCAGUGGCCUGAGCCGCAUGGAGCGGCAGGACGAGGAGGACUCCGACUCGGACGACGAGAACGACGAGGACGCCGACCCCAUCCUCGAAUCCAAGUCGAUCCCCUUGAACGCAACCACGAACCGCAUACGUGCGCACCAGAUCCCGUCACAGGAUGGCGCCUCGCCGCCAAAGACCCUCACCGCCACCAUGACCGAAGCGGGCCAGGUCCUCAUUCACGACAUCACCCCACACCUGGAGUCCUUUGACAACCCGGGCACCGUCAUCACUCCGCAGCAGAACAAGCCUCUCUCCACCAUCCGCGCGCACAAGUCGGAGGGGUACGCCCUUGACUGGUCGCCACUGGUCCCCGGUGGCAAGUUGUUGACGGGUGAUAACAACGGCCUGAUAUACGCGACUACUCGCACGGAUGGCGGCGGGUGGGUGACCGACACCCGCGCUUUCCAGGGCCACACCAGCAGCGUCGAGGAGAUCCAGUGGAGUCCACAGGAGGCAUCGGUCUUUGCCUCGGCCUCGAGCGACGGUACCGUCAGGGUCUGGGACGUGCGGAGCAAGAGCAGGAAGCCGGCGAUCACCGUGCCGGUCAGCAAAACCGACGUCAACGUCAUGUCUUGGUCGCGUUUGACCACGCACCUCUUGGCUACCGGAGACGACGACGGCGUAUGGGGUGUGUGGGACCUGCGGCAGUGGAAGGGAGGCGACGAGAAGCCAUCGCCCAUCGCGAGCUUCAGCUACCACAAGGAGCAGAUCACGAGCAUCGAAUGGCACCCGACCGACGACAGUAUGAUCGCCGUUGCGGCCGGCGACAACAAGGUCACUCUGUGGGACCUGUCUGUCGAACUGGACGACGAGGAAAGCAAGGACACGGCGGGGGUGCAGGAUAUGCCCCCUCAACUUCUGUUUGAGCACAUCGUGGAGCAUGCGAAGGAGGUACACUGGCACCCGCAGAUUCCUGGUACCUUGGUGGCGACAGGCGCCGAGUUCAGCGUAUUUAGACCCAUACCUGUUGUCUUUGGCGUACAUGCCAAGUAG